AAGAAAUUGAUAUGUUGGUACCAAUAUAAGAAUUUUUAUUUUCUUUAUUGUAUCACAUUCUUUUGUACUCUUCUCUUCAGAGAUGCUAUAUAUACUCCUCCAUUUCCCUCGGUGUGAACCUUAUAGCAAAAUCUCUAAUAAUUAAUGGUAACAUUUUAUGGUCAUUUAAUUGAAUUAUUAAUCAGUGAUUAGUUUAGAGAUUAAAGAAGAGGGUGAAGUUGUUGCAUGGCAAAAGGCCGAAACCCGACGACGAUGAACCGGAGCGAUCGAUACCUUGGAAGUUACAGUUACGGUGACAGUCAUGGUAACUCCGUCACCGACGAAUUAGAGCUCGCUGAGGAAGACAUCUGGUCACCGGCCGUCAUUCACGACACUUCCGAGACAGACGAAUCAUACGGCGCGUGGAACUUACGCGCUACCUUGGGAAAAAACGGACGCGUGGGAGGAUUGUCGAUGGCUUUCGAGGGCGCUUUGGCCGCGCCGCCGUCGUCGUCGCCGAUGCUAGUGCAGAAGUUCCACGGCGGAGGAGGUGAGGGAGAAGAAGUCCGGCGAAAAUUGGCGUCGUCGGCGCCGGUAAACGUACCGGACUGGAGUAAGAUAUACCGAGUGGACUCGGUUGAGUCAAUACACGAGUUAGACGUUGAUGAUGAAGAGGAUGAGGAAUCCGGGAUGAUGCCGCCGCACGAGUACCUUGCUAAGAGUCAAGCACGGCGGAGCAGGAAGAUCCGAGGUGGAGGCGGUGGUGGCGCGUCGGUGUUUGAAGGCGUCGGAAGGACUCUCAAAGGCAGAGAACUAAGGCGCGUCCGCGACGCGAUUUGGAGCCAAACAGGCUUCUACGGCUAAGUAUAAUUAAUAAAUAAAACAUUUUAUAUUUCAAUUAAAAUUACUUGUUUUUGCCAGUAUAGAAGUAAUUUUGUGAUUAUGCAAUUUUUUUAUUAUGAACGAGGCCAAAAUUUCAAGUUCCUCGUAUGUUGUUGUUCUGUUCUGUCUAUAUGUAUAUUUUAAGUAAGAAAUAAUUUUGUCUUAUGUUAAUUAUUAAUUAG